AAAGAAAAUAUCAGCGUCCCGCUUUCCUUCUAUGCUUAAGUCAUAAUCAAUAACAUCACUGCCACCGUUCUGUCCACAUUUCAAAUUCAAAACCCCCCUCCCGCUCUCUCUGUCGAAACCCUUACAAAAACGACCAGGAACCAAGAAAACUUCUCGCUCUCUCUUCAGAAUCUACUGAGACACCCUGCAAUGGAGGGCAACGAUCAGCCACCUCCCUCGCCAUAUCCACCGUCUGCUUCUCUUCUCAAAGACAUUUCAAAUUUCAAAACCCCAAAACGCGCUUCUCGUGUCCCUAAUUUCACCUCUUCUUCUCCUUAUCCUCAGUUCUUCACCGCUUCCAAACAAACCCCAAAACUGUCUUCUUCUGUCCGCAGUUCCCGGCCUAAACAUAAAACCGCGACAGCCCGUCGUCUAAAGGCAUUUGAGCUAGAACAAUCACAAUCCUCGCGCAAAGUCCAAACUAAAAAAGAACAGUCUCUUAAGUCACUUUCAAAAUCUCUCACUACUUGGCUUAAUUUCCUCCUCCAAAACCCGAGAUCCUGCGGCUGUGAUUUAACCGUAAUUGAUGAUCAAGAUGGAAGCUUUCCAGAGAAGUUAGGGGGGAAGAGACAGAGGAAUGCUCAAUGGCGGAGUCCGAAGAGGCUGAGAGGCGGUGAUUUUGUGGAGAUUAAUGGAACUGACGGGUUUUCAAGUUCAAAGAACUAUGAAUUGUUAAGGAAAUCGUUGAAAGAUGUGUGUAGUUUGGAUGAUUUGAAGCACAGAAUGAGGCUUCAUUUGAGCUUGGCUACUUGCAAGGAGAUUUUUGAUAUCAUGUCUCAUGUCGUUAAGAAUAUUGAUGAAGGCAGGUUGAAAAUGAAGUCACAUUGCCCCAUAGUAACAGAUGUAGGAAUGAAAGAGAAGGCGAUCCAAAUUCUUAUGUGUUAUAACCCAAUUUGGAUUCGAAUUGGAUUGCAUAUUAUUUUUGGCGGUGAUUCCUUGUUGCCUAGCGGGGAUGUUAAAUCUGAUAAAGAAAUUGCCUUUUUGAAGAUGGUAAUUGAAAAGCAGUUUUUCUCUCAUGCUGGACUAGCAAAAGCUUAUGCUUAUAAUAAGAUGGUUGAAGGGUUAUACAGGCCAGGUUACUAUGAAUAUUUGGGUAAUAUAAUAUUGAAGAGAUUUCUGCUGCUGGUUCUUAUACUUGAUAGAGCAAAAUCUAGUAGCGCUCUUUCUUUAAAGUAUGGUAUUGAUGGAGUUGAUGGGGGCUCUCCUCUUUUAUUUGUGGUGCAGUCAAGUAUCAAGUCUAGUCGUCAAAUGAUUAAUGAUUUUCUAUCAUCGGAGAUAAUGCUUGGAGAAGGUAACCUUCUGGCACAUCUAGUGAUUGUAGGUUACAGAGUUUCUUACCAGCAGUGUCCUCUUUUUGAGUAUGACUUUAGAGUGACGGAUUUAUUUGAGGACCUACAAGAUGGACUACGUCUUUGUCGAGCCAUUCAGCUCUUGAGAAGUGACUCAUCUAUUCUUAUGAAAAUGGUAGUUCCAUCUGAUACUCGCAAGAAAAACUUGGUCAACUGUGGCAUUGCUCUGCAAUAUCUAAAACAUGCUGGUGUUAGACUGUGUGAUGAUGACGGCAUGAUGAUUAUGGAAGAUGAUAUUGCUAACGGAGACAAGGAACUAACCAUUAGCUUGCUCUGGAGCAUGUUUAUUCAAUUACAGCUGCCACUCCUGAUCAACAGCAAAAUCUUAGUUGAGGAGAUUCUGAAAAUUCAUGGAACCAAUGUGGAUACCUCCAAAAACAUUAAUCUUAGUUCAGCUUCUUUGCAGUUGCUUUUGAACUGGAUCCAGGUGGUCUGUGAUAAGUAUGAUUAUAAGGUUGACAAUAUUUCUUCUUUGGUUGAUGGGAAAGCUGUAUGGUGUUUGCUUGACUAUUACUUCCGCAAAGAACUUUGCUGUUCUCGUUCUCUUAAGGACCCUACUGAUACUAGAGGGGAAGAAUCAAUUAUGUCUGCUUCUGAAUAUACAGAUGCAGUGCAUAAUUUCAUAUUAUCACAGAAGCUGAUAACCUUGUUGGGGAACUUUCCAGAGAUUCUGCAAAUCAGUGACAUACUUGAACAUAGUGGUGCAAUUAGUGAAAGGAGUGUGGUGAUUCUAUUGGUAUUUCUUGCAUCGCAGCUGACUGCAAAGAAAUCUAUGGAUCAGCUGAAUUUUCAUAAGCUCUUGUGUUGUAAUUGUCAAAGUCCAGAGAGGAGACAUUCAAUCAGUGAACAGUGUGGCUUGAGUUUGAAUGCAAUGCUAGACCAAGAGGAAAUAGAUGAACACUGUAAUGAAGAUGCUGCUAGAAGAUUUAACGCUAUUAAAGCUUGGUGGCAAGAUAUGGCAGAACGGAACAACAGCUUUGUUAUAAAGCCUGCAAUAUCUACUUUGCAGCACUGCUCAACUAAGAAAUCCAGCAUCAACUUUCAAAAAGACAACGCAGCAACACUCAUACAAUCGCACUUCAGAAGGUCAAUUGCACGUUAUCAUUUUUUGAAGAUGAAAAAUGCAGUUUUAAUUUUGCAAACAGUUAUUCGGGCUUGGUUUAUGGUGAAGCGGAUAUCUGCACCUUACAGAUUCUGUGAUGACAUGAUUCAGGACUCUAUCUAUGAAAGGUGGAAGCAGUCAGAAAGAGAUUGGAGAUAUGUCAACUUUAUUUUUGACAGACAUAGCUUUGUCAAGGUACGAAAAUCAGUGGUGUUCAUCCAGCAAGCAGCUAGGAUUUGGAUGAUGCAAAGAAUCCAGGCUGCAAGUAUUAGAAAUCAUGAUAUGUCCACUAUGGAGCUGGUCAGUGCUGCCACUAUUAUUCAAAAAUAUUUUCGUGUUCGGAUAACAAGGUCUAAGUGUAAGGUCAUUCAGAUGAUGAAUGCUCCACACAUGUGCCAAAUGCACCGUAGUAAUCUUGAAAGAGAAGCAGCCAUUCGAAUCCAGCUAUCUUGGAAGAAUUAUAUUGAUGGCAGGUGUCUUCGCAAUCAGCAUCUAGCUGCAAUUAAAAUUCAGCAUCAUUUCCAAUGUUGGCAGUUGAGAAAGAAAUUUUUGAAACAGAAGGAAUUCAUAACAAAAGUUCAGAGAUGCUGCCGUGGUUGGCUGAUAAGGAGGAACUUUAUGCACCAAAUAGAAGCUGUAAAAAAGAUUCAAAACGUUAUUCGGGGCUUAAAUUGUCAGAAGGCAUUUAAUUGCAGAAAGAAUGCUGCUAUUGAAAUUCAACGGUUUGUCAGGGGACAGAUCGCUCGAAAAAGGCUCUUAGGAGCUUCUCAUUUUAAUAUAUGCACCACUGUUUAUUGCAAAUUCCAAACUUCUGGCUGCUUUCCUCGUCCAGAAUUGAAAGUAAUACUAUCUGCAAUAUUGAAGCUGCAAAGGUGGUGGAGAUGUGUUUUGUUGCAUAAAUUAAGAACAAGAUCAGCAAUAGUUAUACAGUCUUAUUUUCGAGGUUGGGUCAGCAGGCAAAAGGUUUAUACAGAAAGGCGAUAUGCUGUUAUGAUCCAAUCUCACUGGAAAGGUUACCUUGUGCGUAAAGAAUCAAGAGGACAGCUAUUGGAUUUGCGCUUGAGAGUGCAGAAAUCCGCUAAAAAUAUAGAUGACAGCAUGCGUAUAAUUAACAGACUCAAAGUGGCACUUUCGGAACUACUGAGUAUGAAAAGCAUCAGCGGGAUUCUUCAUACUUGUGCAACCUUAGAUAUGACUACACAACAUUCUCAGAAAUGUUGCGAGGAGCUUGUGGCCGCAGGGGCCAUAGGGAUUUUAUUGAAACUGAUUCGGUUAGUCAGUCGAAGCAUACCGGAUCAGGAGAUUUUAAAGCAUGCACUUUCAACUAUCAGGAAUCUUACCCGCUAUCAACACUUGACUGAAGUUCUAAUUGACAGCCAUGGAUCAAUAGAAAUCAUCUUUUGGGAAUUUCUCAGGAACAAGGAAGACGGUUAUUUUAUCGCUUCAGAGAUUCUGAAGAAGAUAUGUUCAAAUAAGAAAGGUGGUCAGUCCUUGCGCAAGUUACCCGCCCUCAUAAAGAGGUUACAUAGUCUUGUGGAAGAACUAACAAGGAAAUCAACUAUUGAGAAAAGGAAUCCUCAGGGUGUAGCAGCAAGAGAGAAAACAGAAAAAAGAUUGAGAGAGGCUGUUGGAAUCCUUAAAUUGAUGACAAUUAAGUGAUUCUGUUUGUUAUAGUCGUUUCCUGUUUACUGUGUAUGAUUUGUGUAAACCCUGUACACGAAAGGAAGAGAAAAUAGAAUGUAUUGAGGAUAUACAGAAUGAUUUGAGCUUGUCAACGAUUAUCUGUUGAUGGACAAAGUAUAUUCUGCUAUUUACAAAAAGAAAAUGCCCAUUUCUACAAA